AUGGUCAACAUUCAAGACUUCUUCAAGAAUCAGCAGGGUAAGUCCGGUACAAAACGUAAGGCAGAGGAGACUGAAUCACCAAGUGCGAAAAGGACUAAACCAACAGCAAUGGAGUCUAAACCAAAAGUGAUUGAGUUAGACGAUGAUUUCGAAUUUGAUGAUGACGAUGAUGAUGAUAUUUUAGAGAUAGAGCCACCAAAAAAGGCAUCUCCUAAGAAGAAACAACCUGAAGCAUCAUCUAAGAAACCCCAAGGGAAACAAUCAACGACGAAAAAGGAAACAAAGCCGCAAUCAUCGGAACCCAUGGGUGGCGAAUCAAUAGAUGCAGUGCUUGCAAAGAUUCCUGAUGCAGAAUUGCCUGAAAUGAAUGAGGGUGAAAAGCCUAACUUUUUUGCACUCAAAGCUCAACAAAAUGUGACUGCCUCUACACUGGUAGACUUACCAGCAGCCCAACCCAAUUGCCUAACAGGGUUGACAAUCGUGUUCACGGGACAAAUGCCUUCUUUGGAUCGAAAUACUGCAGAGCUGACUGCCCAACAAUAUGGAGCAAAAGUCACCAAGUCAAUUUCUAAAAAGACAAGUUUGGUAGUGAUUGGAUCUGAUGCAGGGCCUUCAAAGGUUAAAAAGAUUAAAGAAUUCAAAAUCAAGGCAAUAGAUGAGGCCGGUUUUAUUCAAUUGUUGUCGAGUAUGCCCGCCGAUGGUGGCAGUGGUGAAGCAGCUGUAAAAGCUAAGGAAAAGAGGGAGCAAGAGGAGAGGAAAAUUAUCGAAGAAGCAGAAAGGGCUGAAAAGGAAGAAAGGGAGGAGGAAGAAAGAAAGAGAAGGAGAGCACAAACAACUGCAUCCCAAAAUGUUUCGAAUGGAACACCACAGAUGCCACCCGCCACCAAAGAUGUUCCGGCCAAAGAUAGAUUGUGGACAGACAAGCACGCACCAAAAGAUUUCAACCAGUUGUGUGGAAAUAAGGGCCAGGUUCAGAAGUUGCGCAAUUGGCUAGAGCACUGGUUUGAGAACAAAGCCAGGAAUUUCUCCGGGGGUCCUGAAAAUCCAGGUUCAUAUAGAGCUGCCUUGAUUAGUGGUCCUCCAGGAAUUGGUAAGACCACUGCAGCUCAUAUGGUGGCCAAUUCUCUUGGCUUUGAUGUGUUGGAGAAAAAUGCAUCUGAUGUUCGUUCCAAAUCUUUGUUGAAUGCAAACAUUAAGUCAGUAUUGAGCAACACUUCUGUUAUUGGAUUCUUCAAACAUCGUGAUGAUGAGCAUCAAAGUAGUAACAGCAAGAAGCUUUGUUUGAUCAUGGAUGAAGUCGAUGGUAUGUCGAGUGGAGAUCAUGGUGGAGCAGGGGCAUUGUCCCAAUUUUGUCGAAUCACGAAUAUGCCUAUGAUUUUGAUUUGUAACGACAAGUCAUUGCCUAAAAUGAGAACAUUUGAUAGGGUGACAUACGACUUGCCAUUCCGGAGACCAACAGAAAAUGAGGUGAAGAGUAGAUUGAUGACGAUUGCAUUACGUGAAGGUAUCAAGUUAGAUCCAAAUAUUAUUGGACAGUUGGUUCAAGCGACAUCUAAUGAUAUUAGACAAAUGAUUAACUUGUUAUCCACAGUUUCAAAAACUCAAAAGCUCAUUGGUACAAACAAUGUCAAGGAUAUACAAGCCAGUUGGAAAAAACAAAUUAUUUUAAAGCCUUUUGAUAUUGCUGGUAGGCUAUUAUCGUCCGGUCUUUGGUCAGGCCCUAAUCAAAACUUAAACGAAAAGCUUGAUUUGUACUUUAAUGAUAUUGAUUUUGCUCCCUUGAUGAUACAGGAGAACUAUUUGAAUACUAGACCGAGGCUUCCAGGAUCUCAUAUUAAACAUGUCGCACAAGCUGCUGAUGAUAUUAGUUUAUCUGAUUCUAUCAACUCGUUGAUCAGGUCUAGUGAACAGCAAUGGAGCUUGUUGCCCUUCCAUGGGUUAAUGUCAACAGUAAAACCCUCGUAUGAAGUGGCAGGUCAAGUGACGGGCAGGUUGAAUUUCAGUGCUUGGUUGGGUCAAAAUUCAAAACAAAUGAAAUACCAGAGAAUGUUACAAGAAUUGCAAUACCACACCAGAGUUAAGACUUCAACUACGAAGCAAGAGUUGCGUUUGGAUUAUUUAAACCCAUUGUGGAUUAAAUUAAACAUCCCAAUCAAACAACAAGGAGAGGCGGGAAUCGACCAAACAAUCGAGACAAUGGACGCAUAUUACUUAACAAAGGAGGACUACGAUAAUAUAAGUGAUAUGCUUAACAAGCCUAUUGAUUUGGAUAAGAAAGAUAAGACAGCAUUUACUCGUAAGUACAACAAUGCUAUCCACCCUACAGUUAUUUACAAAACAGGAAAUUCAUUUGGUGCUGGGAGUAAAAGAACAACCCCAGCAGAAGUCGAUUAUGAAGAUGUUGUGGAAGAUGAUAUGGAAGAUGUUGAAGAUGAUAAUGAUGGAGAAGAGAGUGAUAAGAUUGAUGCAAAGAAGGAUAAGUUGAUCAAGCAGGUGCCAGUAGGAAAAGGUGGGGCAGCUAAGAGAUCAACCAAAGGAUCAGUUAGAAAGAGGCAGAGGAAGUAA